AUGGAGAGUGAGCUGAGACCCAGGCUCUGCUUCCUCACCAAGGGAGAGCGCGGAUACGGCUUCCACCUGCACGGUGAGCGGAACAGAGGCGGACAGUUCAUACGCAAAGUGGAGCCCGGCUCUUCGGCUGACCUGGCCGGGCUGAGACCAGGGGACCGGGUGGUGGAGGUGAACGGGGAGAAUGUGGAGAAAGAAAACCACCAUCAAGUGGUGAACCGUAUCCGGGAGGUGGACCACCGCACCCGGCUGCUGGUGGUGGACAGAGACACGGACGACUACCUCCUCAGCGAAGGCCUGGCCUGCACCGAGGACCUGGCCGUGGAGAUGGGAACUCUCUCCCCGCUGCUCUCGCCCGCAACCACCCCUUCCCUUUCUCCCAUCCCCAGAGAGUGUUCACCCAUGUCACCCAACCAGACACACUCAUUUCACCCUCCUGCUGCAGACUCACCCACUCAUGUGAUUACGCAAGGCAAGGUCAAGAGAUCCUCAGUGACAUCAAGUACAACAACUGACACAGAGUCUGAGCCCUCACCAGAGUUGACAACUGAGCUCUUCCCCCGACUGUGUCACGUUGUGAAGGGGGAGAACGGCUACGGCUUCAACCUGCACAGCAAUAAGAACAGGCGUGGACAGUUUGUCCGUUCUGUGGACCCUGGUUCAGCUGCAGAGAGCGCAGACAUCCGGCCCGGAGACAGACUAGUGGAGGUGAAUGGAGUGAACAUCGAGGCUCUCAGGCACUCGGAGGUGGUGGCCCUCAUCAGAGCAGGAGGGGAGGAAGUCCACCUCAUCCUGGUCGACCAGGAGACAGACAGGCUCUUCCACAGACUAGGGAUCACACCCACCACCAGCAAAGUCAAAGGGGUCUAUGUGGACGAGUCGGCCUCAGAAAGUGUCCCACCCACUCCGUCUCCCACCACUGAACUGCCAGGGACGGAUGCACCAAUCAUCAACGUCACGCUGACAGACUCCCCCAUCACAACGGUGUCUCCCAAGUCCCGCACCAACGGGAGCUUAGCAUCCCAGUCUUCUAGAAGCUCCACCACCCAAUCAGAGAUCAGCAGCUCAGACAUGAGCAUCCAGGUGCCUGAUGAGGACGACAGGCGCGUUUCAGACCCUUUCAUGGACAGUGGCCUUCGACUGAGCCCGACAGCUGCCGAGGCAAAGCAAAAUGCCCGCGCCGGCCGCAACAAGAAGAGAGCGCCCCCUAUGGACUGGAACAAGAGACAAGAGAUCUUCAGCAACUUCUGA